UAUCACAAGUGUUACAUCCGGAGUUACACAUCCUGGUUAAUGAUGUAAAUAGAGACGGAAAACGUUGUCGACUGUCUUACACUGUAUCAGGGCUGUUGCUGAAGGUCCAAGUAAAGCAGGAUAAAUUUUGAUCAAGUUAAGUUUCUAUUCCAAAAUGAGUGAGGAAAACUCGAAACCAGGUCUCACCUUUGAGGCACUUUUCGACCAGUUAGUGCAGGAAAAGGGCAAUGUGGGUCAAACUGAUACGUUCCCCACUGGCCCCGAUUGUCAGAACGACAAGCGACAAGCAAAGAGUGAUGAUGAACUCUUAGCAGAUGGUCUUUCACAAGUUACCCUCAAGGAGGGAGAAACAAAAUUAAAAAUUGCGUCAUGGAAUAUGAAAGAUUUGGACCAAGCUAAAGCUACAAAACAAUUUAUUGAUGCUGUGUGCAAAAUCAUUACUCGUAAAAAAUUUGAUCUUUUAGCACUCCAAGAAAUAUGGGAUCCUAUUGUGAUACAAAUGAUAAGCAAAGAACUAAAUAAUGGCGAUGAUACACAAUGGUCUUAUGUUUCUUCAUCUAAAGCAGGAAUAGGAAAUGAGUAUCAUGCUGAAUACUUUGGUUUUCUUUAUAACAAGAAAAGCGGCAUCGAGUUAACUGCUUCGGCUUUAAUGGCAGUUAAAAUUAAACUUGAUAAAUAUGAAGUGCUCGUCGACGUAAAGGAAGCAAACAAAAAGGCACAGGCCCAGGCCAAGGUACAGGCACAGGUAAAGGUACAGGCACAGGCACAGGCACAGGUACAGGUACAGGUAAAGGAAGUACACUUAGCAGAAAGCAUCUUGUGUAGUGGGACAGAAAAUUUUACACGUAAGCCUUAUCUUGGCUUAUUUAAGAUAAACGAAAUCGAAUUCAGUUUGAUCACUGUUCACAACAAAUAUUCCAAUACCAAUACAGAAAGAACAAAAAAUGAAGCAAAAACCCUUGUAAAAUUAAACCAAUUAGUUGAUUUUGGAAAGAAUGUAAUCAUACUUGGCGAUUUUAAUUUAUCCCCGACGGACGAAGCAAUCAAAGGUUUGAAGGAUGAAUAUGAAAGUUGCAUUACUGAUAAAACAAACGUAAAUCAGGAUAAAGAGUAUGACAACAUCUGGAUAAGAAAAACCAUGCUAGACCGAUUUUCAAAAGAAGAAUCUGGGGUGGUAACGGAAGAUUUAGAAUACAAAAAUGCAGAUGGGCACGUUACAGACAUAAGCGAUCACUGUCCGAUAUAUGUCACAUUGAGCAUCAAAAAAAUCUCUGAUUCUAAUGAUCUCGCUUGAAUAAGCAAAAUGCAAAAAUUAAUGUUAAACAUUAACACAACUCCUGGUCUUUUUUUUUAGUUUUAUUAAUA